CAGGAGGCGCCCCCGUGGGGCCGGCUCCCGCCGGAGGGCCCUGACCCCAAGGCAGAGCCCAGCUCCGGGCCCGAGAUGCGGGAGGUGCUGCUGGAAGUGGAGCGGCUGCGAGGGGAGAACCAGCAGCUGAGCAAGGACUACGCCCGCAAGGCCGAGGAGCUGCGGGCCACCUACGAGCGGGAAAACGAGGCCAUCCGGCAGGCCAUGCAGCAGUCGGUGAGCGAGGCCCUGUGGCAGUGGCAGGAGAAGGAGACCGACCUGCGCAGGAACUUCCAGGUGCAGGAGUCGGCCCUGCAGGCCCAGGUCCGGAAGCUGGAAGGGGACCUGGAGCACCGAGGCCGCAAGAUCAGUGACCUGAAGAAGUACGCCCAGAAGCUGAAGGAAAGGAUCCAGGACCUGGAUGUGCAGCUCAAGGAGGCUCGACAGGAGAACUCGGAGUUGAAAAGCACUGCCAAGAAACUUGGGGAGAAGCUGGCCGUGGCCAAAGACAGACUAAUACUGCAGGAGUGCCACGGGGCACAGAGAACCGAUGACAUGAAGACGGAGCGAAUUUCGGAGAAUGAGGUCUUAGGGAAAGCGAACGACGUGGAAGCCUGCAGUCCCCGUCCUCAGCAGGAUGAGAACCUUCCCAAGGAGCGUCCGUGUACGAAAGGAGGCACAGAUACGCAGACCGAGAAAGAGGCGGGUGUGGAGGCGGAACACCUGAAGCAACAGUACGAACAGGACCUUCGUAAACUCAAACAGCAGACAGAGGAGGAGAAGAAGCAUCUGAAAGAGCAGCUGGUGCGGCGCCUGGAGGACCUGGUGAAGACGCACAAGGCGGAAAUCAAGUCGGUGCGCUCGUCCGCGGAGGCCGACAGGAAGCGGCUGCAGAUGGAAGUAGAAGAACAGUUGGAAGAAGUGAAGAAGAAAUCAGAAAAUGAAAUAAAGCAGCUAGAAGACGAGAAAGCGGCCCUAAAUGUGAAGCUCCAGAAUUCUCUGCUCCAGGACUCUGCCCCCUCCUGUCUACUUCUUCGUACGAGGCCUUCUGACAUGGAACCUUCCUUCAGUCCUCACACACAUCCUACCCACCCUCUACCCCUACACCUGCGAUCUUUGCUGCUCGGAAUGCCUUUUCUCACCCUUGCCACUGACGGACUCCUAUUCAUCCUUCACUGCCCCCAAGGCUGCCCUGGACUCCCCCGGACAGAGUGUAUUGUUGUGUUAAGGCUGGAAGAAUUCAUCCAACAGAAUAAGGGAUGUCCCCGAAGAGGCGAGGACGGGCCCCGGGAACCGGACUACCCGCCCCGCGGCGACUUGGAGACCCAGGCCACCGAAGAGCUCUUGGAAAAGGAAUCCGGCCACGGCCUCCAGAUCCAGCAGCAGGCACUCCGGCUGGAGCGCCAGGCCUCAGAGGAGAAGGUCCAAGAGGUCCAGGGGGAGCAGGCGAGGAUGCAGGCUCAGCAGGCUCUGCUGCUAGAGUCCCUGAGGCAGGAGCUGUGGGAGCAGAAGGCCGCCUGCUCUGAGCACCAGAAGGACUUGGAGGCGUUGCAGGCUGAGCUGAAGGCUCUGGGCAGCUCUGACAGGCGGCAGCCCAUCACCCCGUGUGCAGGGGACAGCGAGGGCCACGCCAACACCACCGAGGGUGGGGGCGGCCCAGGCCCCGCAGGCUCCCCGAAGGGCACCACUGAGCAGACUCCCAGCGAGGGGUGCCUCCUCUGGGAGAACUCCCAGCUCAAGGACAAGGUGCGGCAGCUGCAGGCCGAGGUGGAACAGCACCAGCAGGAGGCGCUGCAGCUCCGCGACCAGCACAGGCAGCUGGAGGAGGACCAGCAAGCCCAGCAGGCCCAGGAGGUGGAGAUGCUACGCCAGGAACAUCGGAAGGAGAUGCAGGCUAUGGUGGCCGACUUCAGCAGCGUUCAAGCCCGGCUUCAGGCCCAGCUGGCUGCCCUGGAAACCGAACUGAAGGAUUCCGGAGAGAAGCCAGGGAAGGGGGCGUCCAGGCCGGAGGACGUGCAGCUCAUAGGCCGCCUGCAGACCCGCUUGAAGGAGCGAGAGGAGAUCAUCAAGCAGCUCACGGAGGAGAGGAGAUUUCACUACGCAGCGUUCCCCAGCGCAAUGUCCCACCGGAAUCGGUCCUUCUCUUUCAACCCUCACCCAGGGUAUUUGACCCCUUCCAUGAAGAAAAAGAAGAUGGAGGACGCGCCCAGCCGAGUGGUCAGCGUGCCCAACCUCGCCUCCUACGCCAAGAACUUUCUGAGCGGUGACCUGAGCUCCCGGAUCAACGCCCCGCCAAUCACUAAGUCCCCCAGCUUGGACCCAAGCCCCGGGGGUGGCCGGCCUUACAAGCCCACCCAGUCUCUAGACGUGAAAGCGGCCACCAGGACACAAGAUGGUGAAACAGCCCAACCCAAAGAAGUCCAGCAGAAACAGGGCUCUGCCCACCAGGAAUGGUUCACCAAGUACUUUUCUUUCUAAAGUGAUCCUUGGGAUCCAUCACAGAAAGGACAUUUGAAAAAAAAUUUCUUUUAAAACAUCUGAGGGAAUGAACUAAAAAAUCAAUCAACCAAAUAACCUGCUUUGUAAUAUGAUUUGCACCCAAUAGCUAAACAAAUUUCGGCACUGACAUUUCAUACUGUUUCAUUGUGGCACCGGUUCAUUAAAAAUCCUUGACGUUAGGGUAAAAGGAACCCGUGUUACCCGAGAACAUCAUAGGAAAAUGUCAAUGUUACUGAUGACCUGCCUGUAGUAUUUCGUGUCCAUAGCUUGCGCUCCGCUUCGUGGUUUCCGCGGUCUACUUUUAAAGGGAUUUCAUUUUCGAGGAUGCAACUCAGAUCCACUUGAAAAGUGUUUCUAUGUAAGUGAUAUAAUUUAAGAUGCACAUCUAACCUCAUUAAGAAGAGGAAUAAAACAAAGUUCCGAAUAACCAGGAAAGCCAAUUAAAACACAAAACAAGCAAAUCGAAGCUACUAGGACUGAACAGCCACAGACCUUGACACUUGGAUUUCCUAAUUCUGGACGUGAAGUAGCUAAUAGAGGGGAUAACACCUACCUCAAAAUGGGGCUUUAUGAGGAUUAAGCAACAUAAUAUGGCAAUGAUCCCGAUCACAAAUUCGAAUUAAGCACUGCCAGGAUUUGUGAAUAACCGAGCCCCGCCCCGUCAUACCUCUGUUUCAAUCUGCAAUGCCAACUUGGCCAUUUGUGAAGGUUUCUAGAUUAUCUGUCCUUUCAAGUCAAAGAUCUACUGAACCUCUGGUCUCUGGGUUUGGGCCAUUUGCCUCAUGAUGCAUUGCGUCCCCAUUGCAUGGAUGCUUGGUAGGUUAAAGGGGACAGGUAGUGGCCAUCCACGGUGCUGACCUUGCUCAGCCCACACUGAACUGUCGGACCCUCUGAAGGAGCAGUGUGACUUGACAAAACUUAAUACUUCUUUUAAUGGGCAAAAUGUAUUCUCAGUCCUCUGGUGCUGGCCCAGCAAGGUGGCCCAUGAACAGUUGUUUAUUCUAUGCACUGUCAAAUCUUUGCUCUUUGAAUAAAACUUUAAACAACUGGGCGAUAAAAA